AUGCCGGGGCUCGCUCGGAGCCGUCCCUCAGGCCGCCCUCAUGACCGCCCCGCCCGGCCCCCGGCGCGGCGCCGCUACCGGGCCGGCGGCAUGAGGCGGCGCGGGGCGGCCGCCGCCAUCCGCCGGCCCCAGGAAGUGGAAGGACGGAUCGGAUUUCAGUGGGAUUUUCCUGGAUUUCAUUGGGAAUUCCCGGUGUUCAUCGGGCAUUCCCGCUGUUCCCGUGCAGGCAGCCCGGAGUGCGUGCAGCUCCUGAUCGAGGUGGGUGCCAACCUGGAGGCGCACGACUGCCACUUCGGGACCCCCCUGCACGUGGCCUGCGCCCGGGAGCACCUGGACUGCGCCAAGCUGCUCCUCCAGGCGGGAGCCAACGUGAACGCGGCCAAGCUGCACGAGACGGCGCUGCACCACGCGGCCAAGGUGAGGAACGCGGACCUGGUGGAGCUGCUGGUGGAGUUCGGGGGCAACAUCUACGCCCGGGACAACCGGGGCAAGAAACCCUCGGAUUACACCUGGAGCAGCAGCCCCGCCGCCAAGUGCUUCGAGUUCUAUGAGAAGACCCCCCUGAGCCUGGCCCAGCUGUGCCGGCUCGCCGUGCGCCGCGCCGCCGGCCAGCGCGGCCUGGCCAAGAUCUCCCAGCUGCAGAUCCCGCCCCGGCUCAUCCAGUACCUCUCCUACAACUGACGAGCCAGGAACGCUGCAAUUCCCGGGAAAACCCCGGGAUCGGGGCCGUUCUCCUUCUCUUCUACCUCCCCCCACCCCCCGUUAAUUUAAUUUCAGGCACUGCUGUAAUUAGGAUUUGUCG